AUGAGGGAAAAACUGUCAUUGAUGUAUAAAUUGGGGGAAGGUUCUGAAAAGGACGUAUGCAACCCAGAAAAAGUGCGGACGUCCCUCCUUCGACGUCAAGAAGUCAUAACCAAUAUCUUACUUAGACUACCCGCUAAAUCUUUGGUCAUAUGCACCUCAGUCUGCAAGUCAUGGGGGUCUAUGAUUAAAAACUCGAGCUUUAUUCAAGCCCAUCUCACAAUCAACUUCAAUAACCUCCAUGGCACUCACCGCCUACUACUCCACGGGGUUUCUUGUAGAAGUUAUAGCAGCGGCUUUGGCCACUACCAGUCCAUCCACGGGCUGGUAGAAGAGGUUUACUCUUUGCAUUAUGAUAACCAUGUUUUUGAUGAGUACUGCAAGUUAGGAUUUCAAUCUCCAGUUGCUGAUGGGAAAAUCUAUAAUGAGUGUUUCCGUGUGGUCGGCAUUUGUAAUGGGCUGGUAUUUCUUGCAGAUGAUUUAAUGCGUCUGGGUUACAACUUCAUAAUAUGGAAUCCGUCUAUAAGAAAGUUGGUAACCCUUCCCAAGCCUGGCCUUAGAUUUCAGACUGUUGGUGGGUAUAAUGCUUGUCAUGGGUUUGCAUUUGAUGCUAUUACCAAUGACUAUAAGGUUGUGAGGCUUGUCGAGGAUCAAAGGGGGUGUAUGGUGGAUAGUGAGGAUACUGCGAAUCAAACAUUUGUGGAGGUUUAUUCAUUAGCUGCAGGCUCAUGGAGUGACCCUAGGUUUGUUGAUCCCCAAUGUAAAUUAAAUAUAGGCUCACCCCAGGCUUUUGUUAAUGGGGCUCUUCAUUGGGAUGCAUGCAAUUUGACAAGUAGCUCAUGUCGCUAUUUUAUACUGGCAUUUGAUGUGAGUAGUGAGUUAUUCCGGGAGAUGAUGAUGCCAAAGAGUUUGGACUUGGAUUUACGAAGAGUCUUGACAUUGCAAUUGUCUGUUUCAGGAGAUGGAAAAUCCCUUGCUCUGUUCAUGACUAAAGAAGAAGGUUCUUUUCUUGAUAUAUGGGUCAUGACGGAGUAUUCUGUGCAGGAGUCGUGGACCAAAUUGAUUACUCUUCGUCCACAAGGUCCAGUAGAGAGUUUACUCAGAGCAUUAUGUUUUAGGAAGAGUGGUGAAGUAGUGUUGGAAAUAUCUCAUGGCCGGUAUCGAGGAGAAAAGGCGAGAAUUGAAUUAUAUUCACUAGAUCUUGCAAGUGGACAACUCAAGGCUCUUGGGAUUUCUAGAUAUCAUUAUUACACCAUGGAUACUUACGAAGAGAGCAUUGUCUUGCUUGACAGGAAUGAUGCAGUUUCUUGCUGAGGAAAAGAAGAGGUUUAUAAUGCAGCAACGACAAUCUUUUGCUUGAAGUGACUGUGUAUUUUCUUGGCAUGCUACUUCUGAUCUCAAGGGCUGAUGUAGUUGUGCUACUAGUUUUCUUGAUUUGUUGUGCUACUGUAAACUCUUAAACUUAAAUGGUGAGGAUGGUUUGUUUCGAACUAGCACUUCUUUUUUUUGCAAUGUCUUUAUUGAAAUUCCCUGAUACAGCUA